GGAUGUAUAGGGCAUGGUCGCCGCCACUGGGAUGUAUAGGACAGUAUAGGGCAUGGUCGCCUCCACAGGGAUGUAUAGGACAGUAUAGGGCAUGGUCGCAGCCACUGGGAUGUAUAGGACAGUAUAGGGCAUGGUCGCCUCCACAGGGAUGUAUAGGACAGUAUAGGGCAUGGUCCCUGCCACUGGGAUGUAUAGGACAGUAUAGGGCAUGGUCGCCGCCACUGGGAUGUAUAGGGCAUGGUCGCCGCCACUGGGAUGUAUAGGACAGUAUAGGGCAUGGUCACUGCCACUGGGAUGUAUAGGACAGUAUAGGGCAUGGUCGCCGCCACAGGGAUGUAUAGGACAGUAUAGGGCAUGGUCGCCGCCACAGGGAUGUACAGGACAGUAUAGGGCAUGGUCGCCGCCACUGGGAUGUAUAGGGCAUGGUCGCCGCCACUGGGAUGUAUAGGGCAUGGUCGCCGCCACAGGGAUGUAUAGGGCAUGGUCGCCGCCACUGGGAUGUAUAGGACAGUAUAGGGCAUGGUCGCAGCCACUGGGAUGUAUAGGACAGUAUAGGGCAUGGUCGCAGCCACAGGGAUGUAUAGGACAGUAUAGGGCAUGGUCGCAGCCACUGGGAUGACGGGCUAUUAAACCACACUGGGGAGAAGGAAUUGGUGACCUUUCUUCAGACUCACAGUAAAGAUGAGGGAGUGGGGGCCUGGAAAAAGGAAGCAAUUGAAGUGACGAAGGGUGUGAGAGGUGUCUUGGACAUCACUUCAACUCGGGAGGUAUUGGACCAGGGGGGAUAGGAUGGAGUCGAGUAUGGCAACUUCAUUGACAAUCUUAGAGUGUAUGUCCGUGGAGGGAGUGGUGGAAUGGGGUUCCGUAAACUUGGAGGUGAAGGUGGGAAUGGUGGGAAUGUCUUCAUUGUUUCGCAAGAUGGAAUGACCUUAAAGAUGAUCAAGGAUAAAUAUCCAAAUAAACGUUUUGUAGCUGGUGUCGGUGUUAACAGCAGCAUUCGCUCACUUAAAGGCGCAAAGGGAAAAGACUGUGAAAUUUAUGCUCCAGCUGGAAUUUCAAUCACUAAUGAUAAUGGGAAAAUAAUAGGUGAACUAAAUAAAAAAGGAGAUCGGUUAAUUGUAGCCCAUGGUGGUCAUGGUGGGUCAUUUAAGACUUACUUUCUGCCUUCCAAGGGCCAAGCUGGAAUCAUAAGAAUGGAUUUGAAGCUGGUAGCUGAUGUAGGAUUGGUUGGGUUUCCGAAUGCUGGGAAAUCUACACUGUUGAGUCAGAUGUCUCAUGCAAAACCGAAAAUUGCGGAUUAUCCAUUCACCACCUUGAGACCAGAAAUUGGAACGUUAAUAUAUAGUGAUUACAAACGGGUAUCAGUAGCAGAUCUGCCUGGUUUGAUUGAAGGUGCGCACCUAAAUAAAGGAAUGGGUCACAAGUUCCUUAAACAUGUAGAGAGGACCAAGCAACUACUUUAUGUGGUGGAUGUGACUGGAUUUCAACUUUCAUCUAAAACACCAUUUAGAACAGCGUUUGAAGCUAUUAAUUUUUUAACAAAGGAGUUGGAACUCUAUAAAGUAGAGCUUUUAUCAAAACCUGCACUAUUAGCUGUAAACAAAAUGGAUUUGGAGGAUGCUGGAGAAAAAUUUAAAGAGCUGCUGCAACAACUUCAGCAGCCUCAAGACUUUUAUCACUUAAUACCAGAAGAGAUGGUUCCCAAGAGGCCAGUCCAAUUUAAACACAUAAUCCCAGUGUCUGCAUUGACUGGAUGUGGAAUUGAAGACUUGAAAAACUGUAUUCGAAAAUCAUUAAAUGAUCAGGAUGAUCUGGAACAUGACCAUUAUAGGCUUGAAAAACUGCAGAGUUUACGUACAAACACUUUUUGAAAGUAUUUAGAACAUUCAAAACUCUUGAUUAUUGGAGCUAAUGAAUCUACUAGAAAGACACAGUAAACACAUGAUUAUGUUCACGAUUAAAUUGCAAUUAGGGCCCUUAUUUGACUUUAAAUGCUCAGACAUUGCUCGUGCUGAACACAUUUGUGAAGGACAGUUGGUGGUACACGUUGCAAGUCAAUCAAUGAAAACAAAGCUCAAUAAAAUAGAGUUUCCACAGUUUACACUUAAUUAUUCUGUACACAAAAUUGAAAGAACUUUCUACCUUACAAAUCAUGUUUUUUUCCUAACUGGCAUAUCAUCUGUCUGCUUUCUAUUGCAAUGAAGAAAAGCACCUGGAACAAAAAUGAUGAAGAAGCUGUAGACGGGACGCACAGGGGCCAUGUCUACAGAGAGCCACACCCAUCCAACUGCAAUGUGAGGUUUUUGAGCCUUUACAAUUUUUAUUAUUGAGUCAGCAUCUUGAGAAUGAUUUUUAUACAAAGGAUACAGCAGACCUUUUUGUAACAAACAGGACAAAGGAUGCAUGAAGAAAGUGGUAUUUAGAACCCCAUGGGGACACAGCCUAUGGAAUCAGAUCAUUUUGCGAUGCAGGGGAUGCUCUCAGCUCAUUGAUUCAGAUUAUUGUUGUGGACCACUUGCAGGAUAUUUUAGUUCCAUCCACACACAGAUCUAUGCACUGCGUGGCACAGUGGUUGAGCUGCUGCCUCACAGCUAGUUACCUGGGUUUGAUCCUGACUACUCAUGCUGCCUGUGCGGAAUUUGUACAUUCUCCUUGUGACCACGUGGGUUUUCUCCGGUGCAUGCCAUGUCCAUUCCUCUGCCUACUUGAGUGGUGGAGCCCAUGUCAAUCCUUGCCACUGACCCCUGUGCUCCCAGUGCUGGUGUGUGAAAUUAGUAAAUUUGGUAAAUUGCUAUCAUGUUCAUUGCUGCUGUGAUACUGUAGAAAAUGCUAAGUGAUCUAAGCACUGCCAAUGAAUAUCAUAUAUAACAUUG